CUCUCCUCCUCAUUAAUGCUACCCGGCGCCUCUCUGCUCCUGCUUUCAUCUCCGCUUCGCUGGCUUCAGCUGACCAAGCAGAUCCGUGUAAGUUCCUGGCCUGCAACGAGUUUUCCCGCUGCGUGGUGAACAGCUGGAGCGGCGAGGCCGAGUGCCUGUGUGAUCCCGGCUACAGCGCGGUGGACGGCCGGCCCUGCCGGGACGCCUGCUCCCUGCAGCCGGACUACUGCCUGAACGGAGGCGCGUGUGAGAUAAUCCCCGGCCACGGAGUCACCUGCAGAUGCCCUGCAGGUAAAUACUGGCACUACCACGGCGCGCGCUGCAGCGAGCUGGUGUCGGUGCCUCUGGACCCGGCUCUGAUUACCACCUGCCUGCUGGGGAGCCUCUGCCUGGUUUGCGCCGUCAUCGGCAUUUUAAUAUUCAUCAACAAGAAGUGCAUAAGGACCAGGAAGGCCGUGGCUCUGGUGCACACCCAUGCACCGUAUGCCUUUGAGAACACUUUGAGGGAGAACCCGGUUUUUGAGAAUGAUGACGGUGUCUUAACUCAUGUUUCCACUCUGCCGUGUCCCUCAAGCUCUGCCUCUUCGCAGUCUGAGCAGGAACAUUUUGCCUCGGUUGAAAAUAUACACCUGAGUAUCGAGAUCCCCAGACAACUCUACACAACGAGAUCAGAAAAGUUAGUGUCAGACAUGGUGGGUUUCCAUCACAGUUUGCCACGCAGCGAGCUGUUUGACGCCUGCAAAGACGUGGCGACUGUCCAGUGAGUACGGGAGGUGCUGCCUGCUCCGGGCGCCAGACAGCGACUGUUUCGAAGUCACGGUUCUCUGAUAACACCUGAUCUGGAGCGAAGCAGGAAAAAACGCUGCAGUUUCACUCUGCAUAGUGUUCAUAGUGUUAGACAGAGAGCUCUGCGGAUGAGGCUGCGCUUGAGGGGAACUAAUAUUUAUUACGCGUCAUAAAUGGUAGGAACAUUUCCUGUAUACGCUUGGCAAAGGUUGCUCUUUCCUCACAAUGAGGUAUUUAUUAUUUACUGGAAGAUGCACAUGGCUGUAUCUCACUGUAUGUGUAGAUAAAGUAAUAUAUUUUGUUUUUGACGUUUUUUGUGUCCCAAAAAGAGAAUGUACUGUAAGAGCUACUGACACUCCCAUUCGCAAACUUAUCGAUAACCAUUUGAUCUGGACAUAUUUUUAUACAUUUUUCAUGUAAAGCAAAUAAAAUAAAGAGUUUUAGACA